UUGACCGAGGCUAGUUCAUCGUACAAAUAACAAAGGAAUGUAACAGGUCAUAUACAGGCGAAACUUUGAUAUGUACGUUUUGCCACGUCAUUAAAGACCAUUAUCUUGGUUAUCUGUGUCACAAACAAUUUAGGUUUGCCUUCACAAAUUAUGCCACUUCAGCCUGUUAGACAAAUUCAAAGUAAAAUCAUCACUCUCGAAGGGCCAAGUGGUCAACCAGCACCCUUCAGAAAGGCCUAUAAAUAGCCAACUUUGCUUUGAAUGAAGAGCAAACAACACCAUUAGCCUUCCUUGAGCUCUUUUAUAAUUUGCAACAACUUCUUCAUUUCUUGGUCUAAGACUAAGAGAGAAACAUGCAAAGCCCAGUGAGGUUUUCGAGCUGCAGAGGUGUGGCCUUCGAGAUCAAACCUCAUGCAGACCCAUUUGCUACUGCUACUCCAGCUCAAAAUGAGACCCGCAGCAGCAGCAAAAAAUCUUGGUUUCCUUGGUAUCAAGGGAGCUCAUCCAGGGUCUUCCCUUCUUCCAUACAAAGAUCCGCGAGUCGAGCAAGCAGUCACUUCUGUGACCUUGACCUUGAUGAAGAUGAAGAUGAAAAUAAUGAAGCUGAUUUCGUAUUGGAACGACUAGAAGAGGGCAAGGAUGAGGAGAAAGAAGAGAAGCCAAUUUUUCCGUCCGCAAGCAAACGUGAACAAACACCAAAGCCAGCUCGCAAGCAAGAAUCAAGAUUAUCGGUCAUUUUGCUUGACCAAGGGCUGUUAACCGUAUACAAAAGACUCUUUGUGGUCUGCUUAACCGUGAACAUCAUUGGUUUGGUGCUUGCUGCCACUGGACACUUUCCAUAUGCAAGAAAUCGAGCUGCUCUUUUCUCCAUCGCAAACAUUCUUGUUUUGACGCUCUGCCGAAGCGAGGCCUUCCUGCGAGUAGUGUUUUGGCUUGCAGUCAAAGUUCUGGGAAGGUCUUGGGUACCUCUCCCAAUCAAGACUGCUACCACAUCCCUCCUCCAAAGUCUUGGCGGGAUACACAGUAGUUGUGGAAUUUCUUCUGUUGCAUGGCUCAUAUACGCAUUAGUUCUUACUCUCAAAGACAGAGAAAGCACUUCCCCUGAGAUCAUUGGUGUAGCCUCUACUAUUCUUUCCCUUCUCUGUCUCUCAUGCUUGGCCGCAUUUCCCCUAGUCCGCCAUCUCCAUCACAACGUCUUUGAAAGGAUUCAUAGAUUCGCCGGAUGGACUGCUCUUGGUCUCCUCUGGGCCUUUAUCAUCCUCACAAUCUCCUAUGACCCAAUAACCAAAUCUUACUCAAAAGAACUUGGUUCGAGGUUGAUCAAACGGCAAGAGUUCUGGUUCACAGUUGCCAUCACCAUCCUAAUUAUCAUCCCAUGGUUGACAGUAAGACGCUUGCCUGUCAAAGUCUCAGCUCCUUCUGGCCAUGCCUCCAUAAUCAAGUUUGAGGGCGGAAUAAAAGCCGGUAUAUUAGGGAGAAUCAGUCCAUCUCCCUUUUCAGAAUGGCACGCCUUUGGUAUAAUUUCUGAUGGAAAAACUGAGCACAUGAUGCUUGCUGGUGCAGUGGGCGACUUCACAAAAUCCUUGGUCUCAAAUCCACCAAGCCAUUUGUGGGUUCGACAAGUGCACUUUGCUGGCUUGCCUUAUCUAGUCAACAUGUAUGACAGGGUUUUGCUGGUGGCAACAGGUUCAGGAAUCUGCGUUUUUCUGUCAUUCCUUUUGCAGCCAUGCUCAGCUAACGUAUGCGUGCUUUGGGUGGCCAAAGGUAUCGAGCAAAACUUUGGUAAAGAAAUCAAAGAAAUGAUGAGCGGGCAUCCAAAAGAGAAGGUGAUUGUCCACGAUACAGCUGUGUUAGGCCGUCCAAACGUUUCUCAGAUGAGCGUUGAUGCUGCUAAGAGAUGGGGAGCUGAAGUGGUCAUUGUUACAAGCAAUCCAGAAGGAAGCAGAGAUGUGGUCAAUGCUUGCAAGGGAGCAGGGAUUCCAGCCUUCGGUCCCAUUUGGGACUCCUAAAUUAUUAUAACCGAUGGCACACUUUCUUAGAUUUAUUUUUUCUAACUUUUCCUUUGAUUCCAAAAUUACAAUGGUUUGUUCUAAACGUGAAGCUCCCCUGUUCCGCAUCGGUCAACCCUGGAGAAAGUGACUGUUAUUAGCAUGACGUUAAGCUAAUCCUUGCCAUCGUGAAUGUAUUUCCAGACUAUGUCCAAUAAC